AUGGAAAAGAACCCAGCCGAAGAUGAUUCUGUGGAUUCGGGAGCCGAAAUAGCAGGUGUUGUGACAUCGCAAGAGUUUCAGAGAGAAUUGUCCAUGGCCGACGUGCAGGACCCAUUUCUGGUUAGUGUCCAUAUCAUCACCGACCCGGGGAACGACAGGAUCCUCCAGAAAGCCAUGAAUAACGUGCUGGCCUGGAUCCGCCCAGACCUGCAGCUGCUCUGUGUCUCUGAGCGAGGCUGCUGGAAGAAGCCAGAGAGGUGCAGGACUGGAAUCGUGAUUCAGCCCUCACUAGCCACCAUCCUGUUCCUGCAGGAGGAGUAUGGAGAGGAGCAGUUCCAGCAGCUCCACCAGUCCCUCCGACGCUUGCCUUGGCAGUACCACCACACGGAGAGAGUGAACAGCCGCAUGUUGCCUUACAUGCCCUGCAACCAGGACUUCUUCACCCUGUCCGGUAGCACCCCACUGUGGGCCAUCAGUCAAGUGUCAUUUGCUUCAUACUGUGUGAUAGGUAGCAGCACUUCCACGACCUCCUGGAUGGUGCAGAGGAGCUGCUCCCUGUGCUGCCUGCUGACUGUCAGACAUUCCCCAUCCCCAGCCCCCUCGCUGCUCUCCAGCAGCUUCUUCGACAAGACUGUGGCCUUCUGCUUCAACAUCGACGCCCUGGAGGAUGCUAAGGAGACAGACGUGGACACUGGGCUGAAGCUCACCAGCUUCGACAUGUCUGUGGUCUCUGCCUACACUAGGCUGGCUGCUAAUUUCCAGUCUUCUUCCGCCAAGGACUAAAGACACCCGCCGAGAGCCAUACCCCUUCGGAUGCUGCCUCUUUCAAUGCAUAACAACCCUGUCCCUUCCUACUCUGGCCUCUCAUGCGGCGCUCUCCUUUCUCUCUCGGAUAUCUCCUUCUGGGGCUCCUCUUGCCUCUUGUCUCUCAAACUGCAGCGGCCUCAAAGCGCGUCCAACCCCUUGCACAGACUGCCCCCCUCGGCCCUCGGGCACUCUGGAGACAGUGGACACAGCACAGAGACUGAGAGCAUCACCCUCUGACAACAAGCUGGAAGUCACAAUCAGCCAGAGGAUGAACCUGAGCAGGAAUUCUACAUCUAGAAUGCCAACCUGUCACUAAUGAAUGGGUUGUAAAAAGCUCAGGCUCCACUUUGGUAUCCUGUUCUCACCAUUGGCAGGA